AUGAGCGACAGUGCAGCCGCCGAAACGGCUCCUCCAGCCUCCGCCAGCACCAAACCCAAGUCUCCCAAGAAGAAGAAGGCGGCGGCUCCCAGGAAGAAACCAGCCGGUCCCGGGUUGGGCGAGCGGAUUGUGAAGAUUGUCGGGGAGAACAGCGAUCGGAAGGGGACGUCUCUGGUCGCUAUAAAGAAGGCGCUGCAGAGAAGCGGGGUCAAUGUGGAGAAGCAAAAUGUACAGAUCAGGAUGGCUGCCAAGAGGUGCCUGGCGAAAGGCUCCCUGGUUCUGGUGAAGGGCCAGGGCGUCUCCGGCUCCUUCAAACUCGCAAAGAAUCCAGUCAAGGCAAAAGUGGGAAAGAAGGCGAGACCAGCAGCAGCCGCCAAGAAAGCAGCCGUGAAGAAAACAAUGGCCAAGAAGGUGGCAGCGAAAACAUCCCCAGCCAAGAAAGCGGGCGGCAAGAAGGCAGCAACGCCAAAGAAAACGGCGAAGAAAGCAGGGCCGAAGAAAAAGACUCCCGUGAAGAAGGUGAUAAAGACCAAGAGCCCCAAGGCCGCAAAGCCGGCCCCGAAAUCGAGGAAACCGAAGGCCAAGCCCAAAGCGAAAGUGACCAAGAAAGCAGCAAAGAAAUGAAGCAGUCGGUGUAACAUGUAACAAACUGAACCCAAAGGCUCUUCUCAGAGCCGCCCACAUCUCUCCGCAAAGAGCUGAGCCUGGAUCGAAUGAUCCCUGAAAUAACAUGGUGCAGAGCUGGAUGACCACAACAGGCCAAGCAGCAUCAGAGGAGCAGGAAAGCUGACGUUUCGGGCC